GCACGUAUUAGGGUUUCAAGUAUCCCCUCUACCUAUAUAUUCCACUCUCUACCCAGAAAUUAGGGUUUAUUGUCACACCCCAGCCGUAGCUGCCCCUUGGUUUCUGCAUCACUUCGAUUCUUGACAAUGGCGACCCAAAUGAGCAAGAAGAGAAAGUUCGUGGCUGAUGGAGUGUUUUUCGCGGAACUAAAUGAGGUUUUGACACGAGAGCUGGCGGAGGAUGGUUACUCUGGUGUGGAAGUGAGGGUUACGCCGAUGCGCACUGAAAUCAUCAUCAGAGCUACAAGAACCCAAGCCGUACUCGGUGAGAAGGGAAGGAGAAUCAGGGAACUUACCUCGGUGGUUCAGAAGAGAUUCAAGUUUCCAGAGAACAGCGUUGAACUCUACGCUGAGAAAGUCAACAACAGGGGACUUUGCGCCAUAGCUCAGGCUGAGUCUCUUCGCUACAAGCUCCUCGGGGGACUUGCUGUACGCAGGGCUUGCUAUGGUGUUUUGAGGUUUGUCAUGGAGAGUGGUGCCAAGGGAUGUGAGGUGAUUGUGAGUGGUAAAUUGAGAGCCCAGAGGGCAAAAUCCAUGAAGUUUAAGGAUGGCUACAUGAUUUCUUCUGGGCAACCUGUCAAGGAUUACAUUGACUCUGCAGUGAGACACGUGCUCCUCAGACAGGGUGUUCUUGGCAUUAAGGUGAAGAUUAUGCUUGAUUGGGAUCCUAAAGGGAAGCAGGGUCCUGUAACUCCUCUCCCUGAUAUUGUCACAAUCCAUACUCCAAAAGAGGAAGAGGAAUACAUCCGGCCUGCUCCAGUUCUGGCCAAUGAUAUCGAGGUCCCUGUGGCUUGAAAAUACAUGGAGCAGUACUUUAUAUUAUUAGCAAAUGCCUUGUUUUUCUUGUAUUCAAUGUUUUUGGUCAAGGACAUAUUCAAAAUUUUGUAGUUUUUUAAAGAAUUGAAGUCAUUUGUUUUAUCUUUUUUAUACCUUUAUGCUAUGUAGUUUGGAUCUUGUACUUGUGAUUCAUGGCAUCGAUACAUUGUGUUAUUUUCCU